UGCCGUGACCGAAAUUAUGUGUUUGACUUUUAUAUAUUUCCUCAGUUCUCAAGAGUUGAAGCAGUUGAAGUACAAAUAAUGGAUCUCAGUGAAGAUGUUCUUGAAAUUCGUGAUUAUUUAUACGUCGGUUUUGAUAGAUUUCGAUUUAUAUCCUGUCGAAGUUGCUGCCGGUUUACACCGUUUCUUUUUUAUUUACCUCCAAAUGAAAAACUUAAUUGCCUAUUAUCGAGCUCGAAUGACCAAUUGCUAUUUUGUGCCGAAUGUCUUCCCACGUCAGAUGAACUGGCAAAAUAUUAUACAUCCACUGACAGCGGUGCAUUUUUCAAUGCUCGCGUAGUUGAGCUACUGAAAGGAUAUAAAUAUUCAAACCCUUAUUAUCGGAUGUUUGCCCUCACUAAUCGUGUGUUGAUAACUACCGAAACUAUUAUAGAAAACAUACUAGUCGAAUUGGAGAAAAUGGUUGGUGUGACAAAUGUAAAAAGAAUGCAUGAUAUAUUUUCCGAUGUGCAUUAUGUUCCUAAUAAAAAAUAUUCGGGAUUGCAAGAGAUUAACAAAAUUAUUUGUGCUAAGGUCUUAGAGAUUCAGCAGUACUAUAGUCAAAAGUCGGAUUCCGUUAUACCUGUGGAGGAGAAUAGUUCUGUCAAUAAGAGGAUGGAAAUAGAACCAUCUAUGUCUGGCACAGCACGAGUGGAUGAAACUGAAAAUUGCAACGAAACUAUUGUCUACAGUGAAGGUCUUAUUGUUGCGGCAGAUCGGAGGUUCAAAUUAACUAUAUUGAGCGCAGAUACUGAUUACGCUUGUGACAUAUGCUUGCUAUCAGAAAAAAAUGCCCUAAAAUAUGGAGAUUUUAUCGAGAAACGACAAACUAAAACAUUGCUUCGAUGCCAUUAUUUUUGCUUACUCUCAGGAACACUGAUUAUUCAGCAAGGGUGCGACACAUCCGGCAUCUUGGGAUUUUUGGUCAAAGAUAUUAUAGAUUCAUUUGAAAAAUAUCGUGAUAAGGUCUGUGAUUAUUGCAAGCGCUCUUCGGCCCCUAUAAAAUGUGCUGAAAAUAGGUGCCAGCGAUGGUUUCACUACAUAUGUGGUUACAAACAUGGCUGUUUGACUCAAUUCAUUGCAGAACAUUUGUCUUUUUGUCACGAACAUCAGCCCAUCUAUGUAGAGAAGCCCCACGGAAGUAGUACGCAAUGCUGGAUUUGUUGGGAUUAUUUGCCACCAUAUAAACCUAUUUCAACAUUUUUUGCUAUCUGUCCACCCGAAAAGUCCGCAAAUGAUCAGAGUUUCGAAUAUACCUGGUAUCACAGAAAAUGUAUACAAAGAGCUGCCUUCGAGUCCGGAUAUUAUUUCAAAUGCCCAAAUUGUUAUGAGAGCAAAGAUUUCAUAAAGCAUGCUCAAUUGCAUGGCAUAUUUGUUCCAAUGAGAGACGCUAGCUGGGAACUGGAGAAGGAUGCUUAUAAGGACAUUCACCAAAAUAAAUGCACAGCUAAUAAUUGCAGAGUGCCGAAAGGAUCAACGAAGAAACUUCAGCUCAUUGGUUGCAAAGCUUGUGGUGGUGGAACUAUGCAUAUCGAAUGCGCUGGUGUGAAAACAGUCGACGAAUACGUUUGUUCCUACUGUAUGGAUGCUACGUUCAUAAAACUGUUCUGAAU